AUGCUCCCGAAGCACGCUGUCAUCGGUCUCGCGCUGGUCGCGGCGUCUGUGCUAGAUGUGUGCUGGGCUCAGCUGAAGGACGGCUGCAAGGUAGAGACUCUGCGGGCAUGCGGUGACACCUACUUGCCAUAUUGGAAAACAACACGCUUGGAGGUUUCAGGAAAACCAUUAGAGAAAAACUGCCAAAUAUACCGAGAACAGAUUGAGUGCAGCAAGAACUUCACUCGCGAGUGUGUUCUAGGUGUGCCGAGGGCGGCCGCAUUGUUGGGUCUAGAAGCGUUCCUUGACAACGUUGACGCUGCCUGCACAGUUGGUACUAAGACUUACGAAGCAUACCAGAAGUCGAUCGGCUGCCUGAAUUCCGUUGGAGUGAAGCUCAACGCCUGUUUCAAAGGACUCCAUGAAAACCUUGAAAAAGCUGUCGUCAAGGCAGCCACUAAGGACACCAUCAACUACUCGUGCUGCUCGUACGGCGAAAUGGCGGACUGCUUCGAGAGGGUGCUGACACCUUGCGAGGACGUUGGCGGCAAGGAGCUCACGCUAAACCUCGUGGAGCAAGUGUUCGGCGAGACGCUCAGCCUUGUAUGCGGAACCUACAAAAGGGGAUCGGAGGGAUGCAACGCCCUGCCUAAACUGCCAGCACUGGGCCCAAACGAUCCCAAGUACGAUGGCUUCGUCGAGCUUGUCAUCGAGAUUGCCACGGGAUUUGGUCGCAGGGGCUAGCGACUGCUGCACUCCCCUUUUUCAUAGGGAUAACCAGAGAGAGCAAACACCAUGGCGCGGAGAACGAAGCCAGUCAUUGUUGACACCAACUGGACACUUCCGCGCUUAUCAUUACACGCUUAGAACUUCUCGGCAAAUAUGGGAAUGACUUCAAUAAUGUUGCACGAAGAAGUGCAGAAGUGAAUAAAACAGUAUAGGUUGGCGCGGAAAGUCAUCCGCCUCGAUUAGAGCUCCAAGCACGGCUUUCUUACAUCGGUCACGUCAUGCAGGAUCCGGUUCAAUAAAAUUGAAAGUAAUGGUAGUGAUGUUGGGAUGCAACGCAAAACACGCUGCCCGUGCAUGGGCUGGUUAGAUUUUAUUCUCCAACAGAAGCAAAGCUAGUAGCGAGCCUGAAGCUACUGUAAUGAAAUGACGUCGCAUGGCGACUUGGCGGUAUUCCUCAUUCCUUGUCUGCGUGUGCUUUAUUUUUUAGCUUUGCUCAUCUCCCCCACUCCCAUUGCAGAGUAGCAAAUUGGUUAUUUACCUUCGGUCGGCCACGCUGCUUUUAGUACUCUGCUCAUACCCUUCUGGAACACACCGUAUGCUAAGGUAAAACAUUCGUACCCAAGCAGCAGGAACGCGUUUCUGAAAUUGCCUUAACGCGCAGGUUA